UUUUGUUUUGAACACAUGGCUCCCACUAAAAAUCAUAUCAGUUUGUUUUGAAAGUGUUAUUUUAUACAAAAUAAAGCAUGGCACAAGCUGAAUCAAGCACCGAAGUUGUGCUAGUUGAUAUCGAGGGCACCACAACUUCGAUUAGUUUCGUGCACGAUGUCCUCUUUCCGUAUGCCAAGGAAAAUGCCAAAGACUAUCUGCUGGAAACAUGGCAGACGGAUGAAACAAAGCUAAUUGUAAAGGAACUGCAACAAUUGCCACAUUACACGGAAUAUGCAGCGAAUCUGGCCACACAGCCCACAUUGGAUGCUGAGGCAAUCUCCCGUUUUGUGCGUUAUCUGAUUGAGCGAGAUUUGAAGGUGACUCCGCUGAAAACGCUGCAAGGCCUUAUCUGGGCCAAGGGCUAUGCAGACGGACAGCUGCGUGGACAUGUUUAUGAGGAUGUAGCUGGUGCCUUUGGAAAGUGGCAUCAGGAUGGAAUUCGGAUUGCCGUCUACUCCAGUGGCAGUGUUGCCGCCCAGAAGCUCAUCUUCCAGCACAGCAUUGCUGGCGAUUUGCUACCACAUCUCAGCGCACAUUUUGACACACACAUUGGCCACAAACAACAGUCGGAAUCGUACACAAAGAUUGCCGAAUCGUUGCAGGUGCAACCACAACAUGUCCUCUUUCUCACAGAUGUGCCACAAGAGGCUGCUGCGGCGCGUGCAGCCGGCAUGCUGACCACUCUGCUGGAACGUCCUGGAAAUGCACCGCUCAGCGAGGAAGAAAGAAAGAAAUUUUCCAGCGUUGCAGACUUUACGGGAAUUGUUGUAUAAAAUGAAAUAAAAUGAUUUUUGAAUUAAAA